AUGAAACCGCUUCCUGGAGAUCGAACAGGUCGCUGGAGAAUGGGAACCUGUCUACAAAAGGUUGCACCACGCUCUUAUCUUGUGGAUAUCGAAGGAACUCUCUACCGACGCAAUUGUGUGGAUCUGCGAGUGGCCGAGAAGUCCGAUUCUCAAUAUCCAGUAGACAAGCCAGACACACCUGGUAUUCCAAGGUCACACUCACAUGUCGGCAGUGAAGAGUGUACAAAAGUGAUACCACAAACUAGUACUAAUGGCAGCCCUGAGCAAGCAGGACCUGACAGCAGUCAACUUCAAAGCAUGCCAGUAAGUGGUGGGAAGAGUCCAGUAACCUCAGAGAGGGCUAAAAGACUAUUUGCACAACCUGGACCAGUCUUCACUCGUAGUGGCAGACAUUCACAACCACCUAAGAGACUUAACCUCUAGAAUGUUAUUAAAAGGACUGUGUUUCAC